AUGCCAAAUUUUAUUAAUGUAAAUUCCUUUAUAGAAAGUCACGGAAAGAAAAAUAAAAAGAAUUUGAAUUCUUCAUGUGCGCCCUCAAUCAGUUACCGAUAUACUGGGCACUGGAAAGAGAACCAUGGACAUCCCUUGUUCGGUAUCAGUGUAAACCAUCAUCUUAAACCUCCACAACCUACUGUAUUUGCUACAGUAGGAUAUAACAGAGUAACAAUCUACGAAGCUAUUUCUGAUGGUAUAAAACUGAGCCAGUGUUAUGCUGAUCCAGAUACUGAAGAAAACUUUUAUACCUGUGCCUGGAGCUAUGAUAAUGAUACAGAUCGCCCCAUUCUGGCUGCUGGAGGAUUUAGAGGAAUCAUUCGUGUCUUCAGUCCUGCCAGUAUGAACUGCAUCAAGCACUUUGGACAUGAUAUCCUGCGUGUACUUUCUUUGAUAAACUGCUAUUUUUUCUGGCAACUCAUCAUUAUUAAUAAAUUGUUAAGGCUGUGGAACGUGAAGACCGAGGUAAACCUGGUAAUAUUCGGUGGUGUUGAAGGACAUAGAGACGAGGUCCUCAGUGCAGAUUUUAAUAUGGACGGAAGCCGGAUUAUAUCCUCCGGAAUGGAUCACAGCUUGAAGAUCUGGAGAUGUGAUACGGAAAAAAUUAAACAAGCAAUCAAUCAGUCCUAUACAUUUGGUACAAAAAGGAUCUUUCCCACGGAGCUCUGCCAUUUUCCUUACUUUAGCACACGAGACAUACACAGAAACUAUGUUGACUGUUGUAAGUGGAUGGGUGAAUUUAUUCUGUCUAAAAGCUGUGAAAACUGUAUUGUAUUUUGGAAACCAGACCAGGAGACGAGUAAAGAGGAAACCAAGGAGAUAAUCAGCACAAACCUAAACAAUACUGAGAACAAGGUCGUCGUUGUUCAUAAAAUUGGAUACAAGGAUUGUGAGAUCUGGUUCGUAAGGUUUGCAAUGGAUCUGGAGCAGAAGGUGCUAGCUCUAGGAAACCAGGUCGGGAAAACGUAUGUUUGGGAUUUAGAUGUAAACCAACCCUCUCAAAUCAGGAGCGCCGUUCUUUCUCAUCCAAAGUGCACUUCGGCUGUUAGACAAACCUCACUUUCUAGGGACGGAAGUAUUCUUCUAUCUGUGUGUGAUGAUGGCACUGUUUGGAGGUGGGAUAAAAAUUGACGAAAUGAAAGUGUGGAUUAACAAGAAUACAAUAUCCUGACAAACCUAAACUAAGAAGACUGAUCAACACCUCUGCCAUAUUAACAAGGGAACAAUAAACAAGACUGCCAUUUUUUUACUUCGUGUACAGUGGUACCCAGAAAUCAGUGAACUGACUGAUUGUCGUCUUCUUUCUUUUGUGUAACGAAAAUUCGCUAAGGAGUUUGUAAUUUGUAAUUGAUUCAAAUCUUAGAUUGUGCUCAUUUGCAGAAAUGUAUCUGUUACAACAAUUACAAAGUACAAAAAUCUUAACAAACGUGAUAUAUUAUGGGUACUUAUAUACAG